AGUUUUGCUCUCCCGAACGCGUACACUCGCUGGCAGCACUGCUUUUGUUUGGAUGUUUGGGAUUAACACAAAAAAAUAACAAAUCUGCAGAAUCUGCUGUCUCUCCCUCCCCGAGGUGGUUCUGGAAAUCUCUGCGUUUCGGGUGUGUGUAAUAGGCCUGCAAUUUAGGGGUAAUUAAGCGUGAAAGCAGCAUUUUUGGAGGCACCGCAUCGGGUGAAAACGUAUCGGCAAGCAGCAGAUCACAAACACCAGCAGCUCAUAACCGGAGAACGGGAAUUUCUACCAAAUGACCAACAUUGAGCAACACCAUGACGUGGUUAAGGAAAGCUUUUUUCACUUCAUCCGCAAACACAUACCGAAGGCGGAUCUGAACAUUGUGGACGAGAUCGUCCUGUCGUACGUAAUAUCCAUUCUCGAGGAAGCCUCCCAGGAUCCGUGCUUCGACGUUGAAGGUUUCAUCGAGAUGAUGUCGGCGUACUUUAACGAAUUUGCCAACAUCGAGCCGGAAACGGUGUGCGCUUGGAUAUUCGAGCUGGAAAAUCAAAUCUCCAACAAGAAUCCGAUCUCCAAGACGGAAUCGAACAACUUGUCGCUGAACUCGCUCUCCUUGGUGGAUAUGAUACCGGAGGAGAAGCUUCGGGGACGCCACUCGUCCGAAAGUGAUCGCGAAGCGCACGACUCGCACAAACGAACCCACCGCCUGUCGGACAGCGAUGGAGGAUCGACCGAAGGAUGCAAUUACGAUCUGUUUGCCGAACAGUGCGAAAUACUGCAGGAAAUGUUUCCCGACAGUUCCUUCAUCGAGGUUAAGCAUUGCAUGCUGAUCGCCAAUGGUGACGUCGAUCGGGCAACACAGGUGCUGCUCCAUCGCCAGGAGGCGGGCCAAAGCUUGAAGGGCCCAUCGAGCAGCAUGCUGCAGGCGGGCAAACCGCACCAGCAGGUGGACGAACACGAGCUUAAAAAUCGCAUCAUCUCUAAAUAUUCGUACGUGGACAAGGAGGACAACCGCGAAUACAAACCGGUCGCACCGAAGGUGGAACCGAAGAAGAUGAUCCGAUACCGGGACAACAAGAUCGUCUCGUUCAAGGGCGAACGGUACACGGAGGUGUCCCGCCGCGGGGGCGAGGAAGAGACUGAACUCAAAAAACCUAAGAAACCUAUCUGUCCGUAACUAACGAUACUCAUCCCCACACUCAGUAGUUCAUAGCGAAACGUUCAGAGCUUCGUUGAAGCUGUAGUCGCCGUACAUGAUGGACCGCCCGACAGACGCAGCAGCAGCAACACCAGCAAUGGAACGAUUCGCACCGAAUUGUCCCUGAUGGUGCGGCUGCUGCUGCCACCGUGCAACUGCGGCAUUACGAAACUCCCUUCCCCGUGCAAAUGGCGCUGCCUGCCGUUAAUCUCAAGACUUACAGUCAUUCUUCUCGAAGUAAAAUCAUAUAAGCAUACCGCGUAGUGGAGAUGAAACGAUCUGACCCAGUUCAGUAAAAGGAUGUCGUAGUCGUAGUAGUAGUUUAACCUUGGAAAUUCGGUAAUUUCAGCUACCUUAUUUCAACCGGUAUUUUAUAAUUGUACAAACCACCAUGUUCGUAACCGUACGUUAGUCAACCAUUCGAGGGAUCGAUGUGGGAGGGAUGGAGGAGAGCAGACGGGGAUUGGGGGAUUUAGCAAAGGGGAUUUACACGAAGAUGUGUUUUUUUGUAGGAAUCAUCAUCCGUACUUAACUUAUAUUGUGGCGAGUGUGUGUGUAUGUGUGUGUGUGUGUGUGUGUGUGUGCGUGCGUGUGUGUCGACCAUUGUGUGUCGACCCGCGGUGCGAAUAUGAGCACGUGGAGGUUGAGGCGUUCGAGGCAUCGGCUCAGUUUAUGGGUUUUAGUUACACUUAGUUCCUUGCACAGGGAAACAUUGCCGCUUCCUCCUGCAUUCCUCUCUUUUUUUCCUUUGUAUUAAUAAAUAGGUAAUCGUAA